AUGUGUAUGAGCGCGACUUGCCCUACCUGCUCCAAGCAAGCGUGGCGUGGCUGCGGCUCCCACGUCCCCUCCGUCUUCGCGGGCGUCCCCGAGGACAAGUGGUGCACCUGCGAGCCCAAGGUCGAGGUCAACGGCGUUCAGUAUCCUCCUCAGGCCAAGUCGACGGGAUUCUUUAGCGGUUUGAUGGGUGGUAAAUAA